UUAGCGUUAAGCCAUUAACUAUCGCCAACCUCUGGACUGUCAGCACAAGAUAUGUUGCUGUGUAGUUGCCAGAGUCAUCCAAGCAGCCAAUUGAUAUUACUUGUCGGUCCAAAAGACCUGACUUCAUUCCGAAAUGAAAUAGCCAUCCAUACUCGUGAUUUAGUUGUUCGACAGCUUCCGAUUACCAACUUUAGACUCAGCCCUGCUGAUGAUGAGACUCUUGAUGGCUCUCCGUGUAACGGUUCAAGUGUUCACAACUUCAGGCGCUCCAAGUUCAAGGGUCAGCUUCAGAAACCUAGUCCAUUUCAUAGGACAUAGGCGCGCGCAGCCCAUCCCGUCACUCGGGAGACAUACACACGACAAGGGUUAUAGUAACCCCACGAAACACCUACACUUUUCCCUUGUCAUCUUGCUGCAUCUCGACGUUUACUCGGAUGUAGCGGAAGAUGGGUUCUCGUUGAGGGUUUACACAAAGGAAACCGUUUGUGGCCAUUGAGCGAAUCAAUAAUCAAUUAGACCAAUUUAGCGCGGCAAGCCUCAUCGUCAUGAG